AUGUCUCGCCCCGCUUCCACCGCCCAACCAAGAGCCUUGACUCUGACCGAGGAGCUUGAGAAACUCGAGCAGUCCAUUACAUUGACAUUGCAAGAAAUCGAUCACAAUUUCAGUCGAGCCCACCGGAUAGUGACUUCAAGCAUCCUGCCCAUUGUCGAACAAUAUGCUGCGCAUUCCAAGGAAGUCUGGGAGGGGUCAAGAUUCUGGAAGCAAUUCUUUGAAUCGAGUGCCAAUGUGUCCCUGUCAGGCUACGAGGAACAGCAAUCUCAACUCCAGAAUGCGGACACUACAAUUACCGAAGACACCAACACCACAACGCAUACAACGCUAGAGACAUCGGAGUCCUACGAAACCCCUUCCGCCCAGCACAUCUCAACAGACUCAAUACAGGACCUGGACCUUUCAAAUAUGACCAUCUCCCCCUCCAAGAGCAGCACCCCACGGCCUAAUAUCACACAAAAGCUUCAGACGCAAAAUAAUGCCACCUUUGCGGACUAUCCAUCACCGUACGAGACGCUGCGACAAGAAGUCCACAAUACGGUUGUUGAUACCACGUCAGUCACCCAAUCGGCCAUGCCCCAAACCCCGGGCGGCCGACCAGUAUUCCCCAUGGACAACAUUGCCGUAGGAACACCACAAUCCUCCCCGUUUCUGCCGCCUCCACCGACCUCCAUUUCCCGCCCAUCUACCGCCCGCAAAAGGACGGAUCCCCUUCUCCACCGGAUGCUAGACAGAAACUACCGAGUCCAGGCCACACCACUCACAAGUCAGCGUUAUGCGCACCUCCCAUCGAGAGCCCGCGCUCCGCCAUCUACCGCAAAAUGUGCGAGGUCUGCAACACUCAACGACUCAACUCUAUCAUCGAGUCCAGAAGCGCCUCCCCCAGAGCUCCACCCAGAGAUCUUCUCCUCUCCUGAACGCAGGAGACCGGUCCCGGGUGUCAGCGUCCUAACACCAUCACGAGCACGAUCAAAAACCCAGCCGUUGAAGGCACCAGCCCGGACACCGGGGAUUUGGGACAGUGAUGACGACGAUCUUGAUGACGAUGUGCUCUUCGACCAAUCACCGCCGAAGACCAUGCAAUUCCACGUCCCCCAGAGUCGCCUCUUAAAAACUCCAGCGAAGGAAGCAUCGAAGCGGAUAGUCGAGGACAUUCUUACUAAUGCCGGAAUUGAUUACGGGGAGGAGGAACUUGAUUUUACUCAAGAAUUGGAAACCCUGGGAUUUGAACUGGAUGCCAGUGGGGAGCCGACCAGUCCAAGUGUGGUCCGCAAGGCGAUGAAUAUCGAAGACGAGACGUUCUGA